CAUUGAUUACUGACAUAACCUUAAAGAUUUUUCAAAUUGUAGCGAUGUGUUCCGAACUAAAAUUGCUAGACACGGUUCCUUUGCAAAAUAAGAGCGCAAUUAACAUUGGAAUAAUUCCAUCUGAUGAUUCCCAAUACUGCAUUCUGGUCGAAGAUGGAAUUUAUGUUUUCAAAUUGUGUGGUCUAAUGGACAACUUUUUAAAAACUAUGUCUUUUAUGAAGUGGUUUAUCAAACCGGGAGACUUUGCACUCAGUUCACACUUGGGAAUCGACAUAAACUCGUUCAUAACGUCCCUGCCACAAUUUGAUAUGUACGAAGCUGUUUUACGACUGGACUUAUCCGAAGAGUUAAAGGAAGCAUUGCCUUUAAAGCAACAGCCAGUUCAGGCAAAGUGGUCCAGUCUCGGAUUGGUCUCUAAUAACAACUGCGUACUGGCCGCAAUGUCGAACACAGGCGCCUUACGUGUUUACGCAUUUACGACGAAUGAAUCUGAAAUUGAGGAGUUUAUUGAAGUUUGCAAUGUGACGGAGAUUUGUGUACGUUAUUUCUCUGUGAAAUUUUUUCCAACCAUUUUUCGAGGUGCCACCUAUAGCAGUUUGUUUGAGGAAUUAAAGAAAAGAGCCGGAAUAGCCACUCCUUCUGCUUUCACAUGGACUCAUCUAAUAAGCAAAGAUGACGAAGUAUUUACGUUUCUUAUGGUGGGGCAUUACGAUGGUGGUGUUACUGUUUGUAGAAUUAAGCAGAUGAAAAAUAACGAAACGUUCUGUGAUUGUCGAGUGGUAGGGUAUUUCCAAACUCAUUUGAAGAAGCCUACGUUUAUGCAUUGGCAACAAGCCAACGAUGACGGGCUGCUCAUUGUUGGUGACCUUGAAGGUAGAAUUAAGGCAAUUUCGGUAACGCAAAUAUCACAGGAAAGUGUUAAGUUUGAAAAUGAAAUAUUUUUAUGGGGGGAAAGUGAUGGUUUACGUACUGAUUGUCUUAAAGUGGUGGUUCACGAUAAGAACAUCUAUGUUCUAGCAGUAAAGGGGAGUGUUUUAGUUAUUACUCUAAUUGAUGAAUCGGGGCGAGUUGCAGAUGUGUAUCCGUUUCAUGUUGGAGAUUUCAUUAUUACAGGUGUAGAACACUAUGAAGGAAACACUAUUUUAGUAUUGACAUACACUGGUGUUCUGAAGGAGGUGAUGCUGUUCAAUGAAGAGAAUAAAAUAAAAAUCAAAUGGCGACACUUAUUCAUCGAUUACAAAUGGUGGUCACACCGUACUCACGGUCUCAUAGUGUCACAAAAUAGAGUAUUUAUAGGAGUAUUAGUCAGCAUGUCUAAGUUGACGAAUAUCAAAAAACGAAAAGAUCACGUUCGCCUAUUGGUUUUUAUGAACGUGGCCAAGAAACCUCUCCAAGUUUUAUUGAAUAAUGAAAGUAACACCCUGACUUCCUACUGGGAUUGUCUGGAGGUCUUGCGAUUGAAUGGACUUCUCGACAGAAAAUUGUCUAAUGAAGGACUAUCGCCCGAACUCGAUUACGAUAAAAUGUCUUUGGUUCAAUUGAAAAUGUGCCUUGCCUUGGCCAAGUCGUCGGAAGUGAUGGUUCGCAAUUCGCCCGUCAUGCAGACGACUCCCACUUUGAAGUCGGACGAGUUUAAAUAUAUUUUGAAGAUAAGGCUAGCAAUGGACCAUAUGUAUCGAUUAUUGGACCAACUUGCCAAUGGGGGUCAGCUUUCCGUAUUUCACAUGCAGAGUCUUGACUUGUUAAAUGCGUUUUUAAAAGAAACUGUUGCCAAAGGGAUGAUUCUAAGGUUACUUUUGGGAAAGCUGACGUUGGACGGAUUGUAUGAUAUUAUUGCUACUGCCAGUGAAUUGAAGUAUCCGGAUCCUCCAGUUUGUGUAUGGUGUGAGGAAAAGAUUAUAGGUCUGUCUUGCGUACCAGCCCAUUCUGACACACGAUGCUGCAUUUCAUUCAUGCCAGUUACACAUCUACCAUACUACAAGUGCAAGUUUUGCAAAUCAACCGUACAUGUGAAACUUACUGACGUUUAUAAGACAAUGUUGUGCCCCUACUGUGAUAUUCCGCUUAGUUAUGUUGGUAGAUUAAUCCUCAAAGACCAAGACUCGCAUCCUGUCGAGAUUAGUGUGGACCUACGUAAGGCGAAUUGUAAAAGUGAUUGCGUCGAAGAGUCUGUAAACGUGGACGAAGUCGAGCAUGCCUUCACAUAUCUUGACACAAACGAGCUGCUCGACAUAAUACAGAUUUCAGAUGAUGAUAAUAGUAAUUAAAUAACCUAAAUUAAUUUUGUAUUUA